GCGAGGCCUGCGCGCCCGGCUGCGGGAGCCAUGCGGCGGGCGAGGAGCGGCGCGGCCGCCAAGCCCCGCGCGCAGAAGCGGCCGGGAGCCUCCGGGCCCCCCGCGGCCGCCCCCGCGGCCCCCAGGGCCAGCCGCUCCCGGCGCUCCUCGGGCCAGGCCGGGGGCGAGAGCCGGCCGGCGGCGAGGCAGCCGUCGGCGCAGCGGCGGCCGAGGCAGUCGUCGCCGCGGGCCCAGGAGGCGGGCCCCGGGCAGCCGCCGCCGGAGCUGCCGCCGCUCCCGCCGCCGCCGCCGCCGCCGCCGCCCCCCGUCUCGCCGGCAGCCUCGCUGCCCGACCUGGGCGACCAGCGGGAGCGCUGGGAGACGUUCCAGAAGCGACAGAGGCUCACCUUCGAGGGCGCCGCCAAGCUGCUGCUGGACACCUUCGAGUACCAGGGCCUGGUGAAGCAUACCGGGGGCUGCCACUGCGGAGCGGUUCGUUUUGAAGUUUGGGCCUCGGCCGACUUGCACAUCUUUGACUGCAACUGCAGCAUUUGCAAGAAGAAACAGAAUAGACACUUCAUUGUACCGGCUUCUCGCUUCAAGCUCCUGAAGGGAGCGGAGAGCAUAACCACGUACACGUUCAACACGCACAAAGCUCAGCACACGUUCUGUAAGCGAUGCGGCGUUCAGAGCUUUUACACUCCCCGCUCGAACCCCGGAGGCUUCGGAAUCGCCCCACAUUGCCUCGAUGAGGGCACCGUGCGGAGUGUGGUCAUUGAGGAGUUCAAUGGCACCGACUGGGAAAAGGCCAUGAAGGAGCACAAGACCAUCAAGAACAUGUCUAAAGAGUGAGCUCCUGCUUCGCCCUUCCUGGAAAGGAGGAACGAUGGUGGCCGGCGGCUUUGCUGUCCCUGCUGCGCCUCGGUGGUGCCGGUGACUGUGGCCGGCCCCGGGCUGCUGGCUCCGUUGGCCGGUGGCCAUCUUGACCUUCGCAGUUCGCUCCAGCUACCAGUUUCUUUAGGCAGCUCUUUGUCCUUCCUCAGCCCAGAUUUUGAUGUAGGCUAGUUGAUAUCCUUUCUCUUCUCAACUUUUGUGUGAUCUUUUAGAAAAAUAAAUAUUUUUAACA